UUCCUCGAACGGGGCGCUCUGCAAAGGCCGACGGAGAGAGGCGGCCUCUACUGCAUUGCAUCUGGCCCCGGAACUGGCGGCGGCGGCAGCAGAAGCCUCAGCGCGGCCUUCCCCCCGCCCCCCGCGCCAGGCCUCAGCCUGCCCCUUUCCUCGGUAGCAGAGCCGCGGAUGGCGCCAGGUCCGGGGGGUGCGGCGGGCCUGCUCCUCCUGCCGCCGCUCCUCGCCCUCGUCGGUCUCGCCGCCGCCCAGCUGUCCUUGGAGGCCUUCCGGGCGGGACACGGCGCCUCCGCCCUGCCCGCCGCGGCGUCUGCGGCGCCUCAGAGACGGUAUCUUUUGUAUGAUGUAAACCCACCUGAAGGUUUCAACCUCCGAAGAGAUGUCUAUAUACGAGUUGCCUCUCUUAUAAAGACCUUGUUAAAAAGUGAAGCUUGGGUACUGGUUCUGCCUCCCUGGGGACGUCUUUACCAUUGGCAAAGUCGUGAUAUUCAUCAGAUCCGAAUUCCUUGGUUCGUUUUUUUUGAUGUUCCCAGCCUCAGUGAAAACAUACCAGUUAUUGAAUACGAACAGUUUCUUUCAGAGUCUGGUGGGCCCUUUAUUGACCAGGUAUAUGUCCUGCAAAACUAUGCUGAAGGUUGGAAAGAGGGGACUUGGGAGGAGAAAAUAGAUGAGAGGCCAUGCAUUGACCAACUCAUGUAUUCAACAGACAAACAUAAAUACUACAGGGGAUGGUUCUGGGGUUAUGAAGAAACACGGGGCCUUAAGGUGACUUGUUUAUCUGUCCAAGGCUCUGCCUCUGUCAUAGCUCCUCUGCUUUUGAACACUUCCACUCGGUCAGUGAUGUUAGACAGAGCUGAAAAUCUUCUUCACGACCACUAUGGUGGCAAAGAUUAUUGGAAUACUCGUCGAAGUAUGGGGUUUGCUAAACAUCUUCGUGUGGUGGGAGACAUGUUUAGAACCAAAUAUUUAAACUCUACUGAUGAGAAGGAUGUGACGCAGUACAUGGAGGACUGGACAAAGAUGAAGGUAAAGUUGGGCACGGCCAUAGGUGGCCCAUACCUUGGAGUUCACCUCAGACGCAAAGACUUCAUCUGGGGUCACAGGAACGACGUGCCCAGCAUCCAGGGAGCAGUGAAGAAAAUCCACAGCCUUUUGAAAUUACAUAAACUUGAGAGAGUUUUUGUAGCCACCGAUGCCAUUGCGGAAGGGUGGGGUGUGACCUACCAGUUGAAGACCAGUGAUUUAGUAUACCUUUCAGAGACGGAAGAGUUGAAGAGGCUGCUUCCAGAGAUGGUGAGGUUUGAACCUACAUGGGAGGAAGUGGAACUCUACAAAGAUGGAGGAAUAGCAAUUAUUGACCAGUGGAUAUGUGCACAUGCAAGAUAUUUUAUAGGAACCUCAGUAUCAACAUUUUCCUUCCGCAUUCACGAGGAAAGGGAAAUUCUGGGUUUUGAUCCCAAAACAACUUACAACAGAUUUUGUGGAGAUGAAGAGAAAACCUGUGAACAGCCAACACACUGGAAAAUUGUAUACUAAAAUAUACUAGUCAAUAGAACUGCAGUAUUUGGGCUCAUCAAAGCAAUGAACCAAUCAUUUUUGUGGAAAGAAAAUUAUUUUGAAUGUCACUUUUUCAUUUGUGGUAUUAAGCACAAAUGAAUGAAUGGUGGUAGGUUUCCCCCUCAAAAAACUCUGUAUCGUUGUUACUGACAGCUUUUCUAAUAAGACACUAAAAUGUCUCCCUUUAAAAAAAUUAAAAUGUUAUUCUGGAAA